AACAAGCAGUAGCCAUGUCCAAGACCACAGAGCCACAGACACAGACCAUAUCCAGCAGGCAGAGAUGUCCACAGGCCAAUGGGCUGUUGAGUGUGGCUCCUCUGGUGAGUUCUGUGGAGGAAACACCUGACCCCAUCCCAACCACCAUCAAGGGAUCUGUUCCAAGCUGGAUCAAUGGGAGCUUUCUGAGGAAUGGUCCUGGGAAGUUUGAAUUUGGAAAAGACAGGUACACCCACUGGUUUGACGGCAUGGCUAUGAUGCACCGCUUCCACAUCAGUAAUGGAAGUGUCACAUACAGCAGCAGGUUCCUGAGGAGUGACUCAUUUGUUAAAAACUCUGAGAAGAACCGCAUCGUAGUGUCAGAGUUCGGGACGCUGGCCAUGCCUGAUCCAUGCAAGAACAUCUUUGCACGCUUCUUUUCACGCUUCCAGGUUCCCAAGGCUACAGAUAACGCCAGUGUGAACUUUGUCAAGUACAAGGGAGACUAUUAUGUCAGCACUGAAACCAACUACAUGAGACGAGUGGAUCCUCAGAGCCUGGAGACCAAGGAGAAGGUGGACUGGAGUCAAUACAUUGCUGUCAACUCGGCCACAGCUCACCCACACUAUGAUAGCGAGGGGGCAACGUACAACAUGGGCAACUCCUACGGCAAAGGAGGUUUCUUCUACAACAUCAUCCGUGUGCCUCCUGCUGCAGAGGAGAAGGCAGCGACAGAGGACUCUGCAGACUUGAAUGGAGCCAAAGUGAUCUGCUCCAUCAAAGCAGCUGAGCCCAGGAAGCCUUCCUAUUAUCACAGCUUUGUCAUGUCGGAGAACUACAUUGUGUUCAUUGAGCAGCCGAUCAAGCUGGACCUGCUGAAGUUCAUGCUGUACAGAAUCCAGGGGAAGAGCUUUCAUAAAGUCAUGACCUGGGAGCCUCAGUACGAAACUGUCUUCCACUUGGUCGACAGGCACACAGGCAAGGAGAGUGAAGUGAAGUAUCUUGCAGCACCCAUGUUCACGCUGCAUCAGAUCAAUGCUUAUGAAGACAACGGGUGCUUGGUGAUGGACAUGUGCUGCGGGGAUGAUGGUGAGGUCAUAGGAGACUUCACACUGGAGAAUUUGCGCAGAGACUCAGGGGAGGAAAUGGACAAGUUUUACAACGCAUUGUGCAGAAACCUCCCACGGAGAUAUGUCCUGCCCCUGAAUGUGGAUGAAAAAACUCCUCUGGACCAAAACCUUGUCACUGUACCUUUCUGCAGAGCCACAGCAAAGCAGACAAAACCAGGACAGGUAUACAUGACCCACGAGGAACUCCACGACGACCAGCUGCUGCAAUACGGUGGCCUUGAGUUCCCCCAGAUCAACUAUGACAAGUACAAUGGCAGGCCUUACCGCUACUUCUACUCCUGUGGCUUUGGACAUGUCUUCAGCGACUCUCUGCUCAAGAUGGACGUCCGCACCAAGGAGCUAAAGGUGUGGCGUUAUCCCGGCUUGUUCCCGUCUGAGCCCGUCUUUGUUGCUUCCCCUGACGCUACUGAGGAAGAUGAUGGAGUGGUGUUGUCUGUCAUCAUCACACCCAAGGAAGAGAAAAGUACUUUCCUGCUCGUUCUGGAUGCUAAAACUUUCACAGAGCUGGGCAGAGCAGAGGUCCCUGUCAACAUCCCAUACGGGACCCACGGAGUGUUUAACAGGAUGGGCUAGAUGUGUCUCUGCUCUGCGGAAAAUUGCUUAAACUGAACCAGCAACCUGCAAGCUUUAUCCACAGUAUAGAAAAUCUCUGUUGUAGCCAAUGUCUGCAAAAAUUCCUGAAUUGCAAAAAGAAAGCAGAAAAGAAAAAAGAAGAGAAAAAAACA